CAGAGCGUGCGUAUCGACUAUAAAAUUAGUUAUGACUUUGGCUUAAUUUGACAUUUUUUUUUAAAUAAAUUAAUUCAACCCGUCGGACAAUAUGCCAUAAAUUUAUGAUAGUCAGAGUUUGUGAGUGUUCUAUACUGAGACACCUUAUGAGGUUAUAUUGACUAGUUUCUAUCAACUACAUGUAAAUAUGCUUCAAACGAGUAACUUCGACGUCUUGUGACAAGAAAUAGUAUCUUUGUAAAUUUUAGGUAAAUGAUGGACUUUCUCUUAUUACUUGAAAUCUUGAAAGUUAGGUAGUGUAUGGUCACAUGCGCAUGAAUCAUCAAAUCGCUGCUGAACUGGAAAUUCAUUCAUGCACUUCCGAUGAAACCUAUUAUAAAAAACUUCUGUUAAUAACAUAUUAAUUGUAUCAUUGAUACGGGUUCUUUUAUUAUAUUAAAUUCUUCUGAUCAACUGAAAAUUAGAGAGUUGCUUUUAGCGGCAUCUUGGGUUUGAUUUCUUCUCAAGCAAAAUCUGCUGUUAUUACUCUUGUAAAAUAUAGCGUAGCGGCGUCCUUUGCGUGAAACUCAUCUUUAUCCAAAUAAUAAAACUUACAAUUGAAUAUAUUUUCUGUUUUAAUACAUUUCUAUUGCAAUUUUUGUUUUGCUGACAUUAUUAUCAGAUCCAGAUGUCGUUUCACUAUGUAUAUUUCACAUUGAUUCGCAUUCUGGAUUUGACCUCGAGAAAGAAAACAAAAAAAACUUCUUCAAGAUUACUCCAAUUUAAGGCUCUAGAAAUAUUAACUUUAUUGAAAAUUUAUAGGUAGAAACGUGUCUAUAGUAUAUAUCGUACAUAUUUAAUCGAGAGUGUAAGAUUCACUAAAUAGAAUUAUCUAACUUAUUAAAUAAAAUGAUCAUAAUCGAACAAAACUGAAUAAUAAUAUUAUUCGACAAAAUCUAUCGAAGUACUAUUUAGAAACAUAAUUCAUAUUAUUUUGUGAUUAUAAAUAUUGAUGAAUUAAAUCUUUUUAUUUUUAUUUUUUUGAUAUUAUAUAAUUAGGAAUUAUUCAUCCAUGUCAAUGAAUUCUGAACCAAUAUUUCGACGAAGUACUUUUCGUAAUGAAGAUGUACUUAUAUCUGAAUCAUUGAAAAAACUUCCAUUAAUUCGAAUUUUAAUGAUAAUCAUAUGUAUGAUUAUUGGAAUAGGUACAUUAAUUAAUUUAAUAUGGAUUUAUAAUAAAUAUAAAUUAAUAUUAAAAAAUAAAAUAUUUCAUCGAAUUAUUAUACCAUUAAUAUUAUUAUUAAAUAUUUUCUUUCAUGUUUCACAUUAUAUUCAUAAUAUUUAUGAUCCAGCUGGAUAUUUUGAACCAAAAAGACUUUAUUUAAAAAUAUUUAUGGGUGAAAUGGAAAGAACAUUUAUAUUUAAUUUUCCUUUAUCAAUUUUAUUUAUUAUUGCAACUAGAAAAUUAUUAUUAUCAUGUACAAAUGAACAAACACAAUCUUUUCAUAUGUUAAUUGUUGUUACAUUAUAUAGUUUAAUGUCAAUGAUUAGUGUUGGUCAUUAUUUCUAUGAACCAGUAUGGAAUUUUUCAUUGUUAUGUAAUAUAACUAUUGCAGGUGAAACUAUUAUGGCAUUUCUAUUAUUUAUAAUAGCAAUAUUUAUUUAUCAAUCAAAUUCAAAUAAAUCAAUAGAUUAUAUUUAUACUCGAUUAGCUGCUAGUGAUAAAUCAGAAGCGAAUAUUCCAAUGUCAGUAAAUCAGCAACGACGAUUCAAAAGUAAAUCAAGUGAUAAUGAAUCUAUGUGA